AUGGGUCGUUGCCUCAAACCCACUGUGAGGAAGUUACCAGAGGUCACAUUUGUGAUCGUUGGAGGGGGCAAUGCUGCUGGAUAUGCAGCAAGGACUUUCGUCGAACACGGAAUGGCCGAUGGCAGGCUCUGUAUUGUAUCCAAAGAGGCAUAUGCACCGUAUGAGAGACCGGCUUUGACAAAAGGCUACUUGUUUCCCCUAGACAAGAAACCAGCUCGAUUACCCGGUUUUCAUACUUGUGUCGGAUCUGGUGGUGAAAGGCAAACUCCUGAAUGGUAUAAAGAGAAAGGGAUCGAGAUGAUUUAUGAGGAUCCAGUAACGACUAUUGAUAUAGAAAAGCAAACUCUAACCACAAAUUCUGGCAAAUUGCUGAAGUAUGGGUCUCUUAUAAUUGCUACCGGAUGUACAGCCUCAAGAUUUCCAGAGAAAAUCGGAGGAAACCUUCCUGGUGUUCAUUACAUUCGGGAUGUUGCAGAUGCUGAUUCACUAAUCUCAUCUUUGGAGAAGGCAAAGAAGGUGGUUGUUGUUGGAGGUGGUUAUAUCGGGAUGGAGGUUGCUGCUGCUGCUGUUGGCUGGAAACUUGAUACUACGAUCAUUUUCCCAGAGAAUCAUCUUUUGCAAAGAUUAUUCACUCCUUCCCUUGCUCAAAGAUAUGAAGAGCUCUACAAAGAGAAUGGUGUCAAAUUUUUAAAGGGUGCUUCUAUCAAAAACUUAGAAGCUGGUUCUAAUGGACGGGUAGCUGCUGUUAAACUUGGAGAUGGAUCCACCAUAGAAGCAGACACGAUAAUUAUUGGUAUUGGGGCAAAACCUGCAGUUAGUUCCUUUGAAGUGUUGGGAUUAAAUACCACUGUUGGUGGCAUACAGGUUGAUGGUCUAUUCCGGACAAGCAUACCUGGAAUUUUUGCAGUUGGAGAUGUUGCUGCAUUCCCCCUUAAGAUGUAUGACCGCAUGGCAAGAGUUGAACAUGUUGAUCAUGCUCGUCGAUCUGCACAGCAUUGUGUUAAGGCAUUGCUUAGUGCUCAAACUCACACGUAUGAUUAUCUGCCAUAUUUUUACUCAAGGGUUUUUGAGUAUGAAGGGAGCCCCAGGAAAGUUUGGUGGCAGUUUUUUGGGGACAAUGUUGGAGAGACCGUUGAGAUUGGGAAUUUUUAUCCGAAAAUUGCUACUUUCUGGAUAGAUUCUGGUAAACUGAAAGGAGUUUUUCUUGAAAGUGGAAGUGCCGAGGAAUUUAAACUCCUUCCUGAACUUGCAAGGAGCCAGCCCUCCAUUGACAAAGCCAAGCUUCAGAAAGCAUCUUCGGUUGAGGAGGCCCUAGAAAUUGCUAAAGCCUCCCUACUAGUUGGGCAGAAACCUUAGUUGCACGCAGAACCUCUCUGCACAUAACCAUCUUACAGUUACCUUCUUCAAUAUCCUUAAAGCAAGGGAAUCAUUCGUCCUAAUAAUAUCUCGGAACCUUUCCCAUUAUUUCAUGAAAUAAUUGUUUGAAACUAAGCAUGACGGAAAGGUAUAAAGUCUAUUUUGAUAUGCACUAGAAAUUAUGGUGGAUGAAACUGCUUCUGGGCGUUUGAGGAUCCAAUUAUAACUAAAUGAGUUCCUUGGUUCGUAAUAUAGGGACUUUCCUGUUAA